UUAUAAAAGUCACGAGUAGCCCCCAGGAUUAGAGCGCUGCAAUUUAUUGCUCUGUGACACCCUAGGCCUCCCCUAUCAAUUUACGCACAGCACAAGUUUAGGUCUCAGCAAUUGGACAUGUGCAGUCUGACUCUAUGCUUUAGUGGCACAAAGGCAGUCACUGAGGACAGCUUAUUCACAAUAUUUCCUCCCAGUUUUGACAAAGAAGUGAAGCUGGAAUACCAGACACCUAGCUCUUCUCUUGCCUACAUCUGGUAGAGUGGUAGAGUAUCACUCAAAGCCAUGAGUUUCUUGGAUGAAACAUAGCCUACACUGAAGAACACAAAUAACUGGAAGGCUCCUUAAAAAGGUGGCUGGAGAUUUGAAUGAUUGGCAGAACCUAUUAGAAAGUAGUGUGUAAAGUUACAUCUCGAUGCAGCCACCUCCGAGGAUGAGGAUCAAAUACAUGAUACCCAUUGCUUUCUUUGUGGCACUUGUUAUCAUUGAGAAGGAAAACAGGAUCAUCUCAAGGGUUUCAGAUAAGCUGAACCUAAAGCAGACCCCUGAAACUCCUCUACAUCCUGGUGUUUUCUCCCAUUUAGCACUGAAGCACAAUGUUUCCUUCUCCUCACUCAGCAAAGGCUACCAGGUUGUGAAGCGACGCCUUGGAAACUACAGUGAACAUCAAGAGAUGAUGAAGAAAAGAAAAAAACAUGUUCUGCUCUUGGCCACCACCAGGACUGGAUCCUCGUUCGUAGGCGAGUUUUUCAAUCAGCAAGGCAGCAACAUGUUUUAUCUAUUCGAGCCUUUGUGGCAUGUGGAGAAGAUGUUAACUUUAGACACUGGAGGUACCAAUGCUACGGCGUCAGCAAAGGCGUACCGCGACGUUCUCCAGCAACUUUUCCUGUGCAACUUCUCGUUGCUUGAAAGCUUUAUCGACCCACUCCCUGUAAACCAUGUCACCACUAGCCUCUUCCGCAGGGAGUCUAGCGGCUCCCUGUGUGAGGAGUCUGUCUGCAGUCCUGUCGUUAAGGGGGUUUUUGAGCGCUACCGCUGCAAGACGAGACGCUGUGGGCCUCUGAACUUCACCAUGGCAUCAGAGUCUUGCUCUAAGAAAGAUCACAGGGUCAUUAAAUCUGUAAGGGUGCGCCAGCUGGAGAACCUCCGUCCACUUGCUGAGGAUCCACGUCUUGACAUCAGAUUCAUUCAGCUUGUUCGGGAUCCUCGGGCAGUGCUGGCCUCCCGUAUGGUCGCAUUUGCUGCCAAAUACAAGAGCUGGAAGGAGUGGGCCAUGGGUGGCGACGUUCCCAUUGAUGAGGAUGAGGUGAGGAAGCUGAAAGGCAACUGUGACAACAUCCGCCUGUCUGCGGAAGUUGGCCUCAGGCAGCCUCCUUGGCUGCUCAAUAGGUACCUGUUGGUGCGAUAUGAGGACAUUGCUCGCUUUCCCAUGAGGAAGGCAAUUGAGAUGUUCAGGUUUUCUGGAAUUCCUCUCACUCCACAGGUGAAAGCCUGGAUCCUAAAGAACACUCAGGUUUCUAAGGAGACCAGCGGGGUUUACUCUACCCAGAAGAACUCCUCUGAACAGGUGGAGAAAUGGAGGUUCAAUCUACCGUUCAAGAUAGCUCAGAUUGUGCAAAGAGCUUGUGGACCAACACUGAAGCUAUUUGGAUACAAGUUUGUGAGCAGUGAAAAGAUGCUUACAGACAAAUCCAUUAGUCUGAUUGAAGAUAAAGUCUUCAGGGUGAAAUAGAACAAAAUGGAGGAAAAAAUCUAUAGUUUAUUAACUUAUUUUCUUUAAAUGAUACUUGAUGAAAUUAUCAUCAGUUAUAGUUUUAUAAUUAUAUUGUACAGAUGUCAUAUUUCAGUAAAUUUGAAUACAGAGCAGGUUUUAGCUGAUUUUAACAAUGGCAAAACUCAAACUGGAAAUGUUGAAAUCGAUGGGUUGCACAAAAGAAAAAAAAUUAGUGGAUAUCAAUCAUCUACAUCUUGCAAUGUCACUUUUUAUGUCUGUGUAUUUUAAGUAUUUUAUUUAUUGUCUAUGUUUGGAGUUUAAGUGUUACUUUUCUUAUUUACCUUAGUUCUCUUGUAUGGUAAUCUGUCUCGUUUGGCUGUAAAGUUCCACUUACUACCUAAUCUGUUGUUAUUCCAAUUUCUACCUUUCAUUGUCACAUUUGGGUUCCUCUUUUUGUGUUACUGUAUGUUAUGUUAGUUUCUUUUAAAGCAUCCUUUUUUAUAACUUUAAUUGCAUUAAUUAGGCUCACUUAUUGAUUUUUCCUGUAAUCACUUUCCCUUUUAGUUACAUUAUUCCAUCCUUCAAUCUUUCAUUGCAAGUGUUCACUGUUGUUUUCUCUUCAAGCUACUUACUUCCUCGCUUUUUUUUCCCGUCACCAUUAGAAUAUUAAUUUCUUCUUUCAAUUCCUUAAUUGAUAUUGAAGCUGCCCAUAUUCCUGGAGUUUUUUAAGCAAAACAACUUCUCUGUUUUUGUGCUAUAGUUUGGGUGGUGGAGGACUUAUAAAACCAUGCCAUAAACUCAUCCAAAAUUUGCCAGGACAAUUGAGAUCUGAAAAAAAAAAAAAAAAAAAAAGAAAACAAAAAAUAGCAGCAGGAUUCUUUAAUGUCAUUGCACAAAACGAAGCCUGAUACAAUACUUCAUAGUACUUCUCUGCUUUUGCUGAGUAAGAAACACAUUUAGUUACAGCUAAUGUGGUUUACACAACAUAAUGUAGAGUGGUAACUUUGAAGUUGUUUAGCUGGGAAACUGCAGGUCUCCAGUUAAAGUGUAGAUGGUUGAUAUCAACUAAAACAUUACAUCCUGUUGGAAUAAUUAUUUAUUUUCUUUCAGUUUUCUUUCAAAAUGCGAAGUUCAACUAGAACAGAUAAAUCCCUCCACUGAUUGGUUUGAACUAUUUGUAGAUACUGUUAUACCUUCUGUUCACUGAGGCUGUAUAUGAUGUUUUAAAGGUGCAGAAAACUAAGUGUUGUAUUUAUUUUUUAACAUUUUUUAUGUGCUUUUUAAAAAAUCUUUAUUAGUUCCUAACUUUAUAGAUAACCUCACUAGAACCUUACAUAAAACAAUCUGUAAUAUUCCUGGAAAACCUUUUUGCAUCAAUGAUUUUUAUUGUGGUCAGUCAACAUAAAGCAAAUGUAGAUUGUCUUAAUAUUUAAAAAAACAUUUGAAACAGUUAAACCAAAAGUUAUUUUAUUUAUUACAAAACUCUAUCCCACUCAAAGCUGGAUUACUGUUUUCUUUUUUUAAUGCACUCCAAACUAUUGUGUCCAUGUAAAAAAAAUGUACUGCAAACUGUUGUCUUUGUAUUUGAUAAAACUCCAAAUUUGAUAGCUAUGGUUUUCUGAACAUGUCUUUGUGGGGUUGUUUCUUUAGAUGCUGUAGAGUUAUUGCUUCAAAGACACUCAAAAUCAAACUUUAUUUAAAUAACAAUGAUCUUUAAAAAUUGAGAGAAAAUAAUUGUGUCUUUAUCUUUUGACUUAAGCAAGUAUUAUCUCUUGCAAAAGAUUUAAUGUUUCUUUUUCAAAAUUUCUGAAUGUGUUUUCUUUUCACCUUAUUUAAUAAAUCUGUAUUUAAAGUUGUUAAAGAUAAAUUUGCUAUUUUGCUGUAAUAUUUUUUAAAUAUUCUUUAGGUGGAAAGGAACACCUGAAACAGAUGUUGCUACUCUACUGUAAGCUAACAUUCCAACUGCAGCUGGUUUGCAGGAUUGUGCAAGAUUUGUCGACAGGUCUGUGGCUGUUGACACAAGUCUCUUGGCAGGUGUUGAUAAGGGGCCGCAGUAUCAUGGUCUCUAUGAUCAGAUGUUUGUUGCAAUAAAUUUCAAUAAUAAA